UAGUAAUUUCUUCUCUGGUGCUCGAUCGAUCAUCACCAUGACGCUCGACUUCGCCGUGCGCCGGCGCCGUCCGGAGCUCGUCGGCCCGGCGAGGCAGACGCCGCGCGAGACCAAGCGCCUGUCCGACAUCGAGGACCAGUUGGGGCUGCGCUGGCACGUGCCGUUCGUCCUCUUCUACCGUGGCCGCGGCCGUGGAGCUGCGGCCGGCGGCGACGACCCGGCGGCCGUCGUCCGCCGCGCGCUCGGCGAGGCGCUGGUGCCGUACUACCCGCUCGCCGGGAGGCUGAGGGAGGUGGAAGGGCGGAAGCUGGUCGUCGACUGCACCGGCGAGGGCGUGGUGUUCGUGGAGGCGGACGCCGACGUGCGUCUGGCCGAGCUCGAGGCGGCCGGGCUGAUGCCGCCGUUCCCGUGCAUGGAUCAGCUGCUGUUCGACGUCGAUGGCUCCGCCGCCGGCGUGCUCAACAGCCCCUUGCUGCUCAUCCAGGUGACCCGGUUGCGAUGCGGCGGCUUCGUCUUCGCGCUCCGGCUGAACCACACCAUGUGCGACGCCGCGGGCAUCGUCCAGUUCAUGCGCGCCGUCGGCGAGCUCGCCCGCGGCCUCCCGGAACCGACCAUCGCGCCCGUGUGGUGCCGCGAGGUCCUGGACGCUCGCAGCCCACCACGGCCAUCGUUCCCUCACCACGAGUACGACCCAGUGCCGCCGUCGCCGUCGUCGUUUCCACCGCCGGCCGACAUGGUGAUGCGGACCUUCACCUUCGGGCCGGACCACGUCGCCGCGAUCAAGAAGGGCCUGUCGUCGUUGGCACAGCUGGGCGGCAGGAAGGGCAAGGCCACGACCUUCGAGGCGCUCGCGGCGUUCAUCUGGCGCGCGCGCACGGCGGCGCUGGAGAUCCCGGCGGACGAGGACACGCGCCUGGUGAUCGCCGCGAGCGUCAGGGGCGUGCGCGACCUGGCGCUGCCCGCGGGCUACUACGGCAACGCGUGCGUGUACCCGGCGGCGGUGGCCACCGCCGGGGCGCUGCGGGGCGGCGGCGGCGCCCUGGGCGACGCGGCGGAGCUGGUGCGGGAGGCGAAGAGGACGGCGGUGAGCGCCGAGUACGUGCGGUCGACGGCCGACCUGAUGGCGCUGCGGGAGCGGCCGUUCAUGGCGAUGGGCAACAUGUUCAUCGUGUCCGACAACCGGCACGCGGGGUUCCUCCACGUGGACUUUGGGUGGGGCGAGCCCGUGUACGGCGGCCCCGCGGGCGCGCUGUUCGUGCUGAGCUUCAUCGUCGCCGUCAGGAACGGCGACGGCGGCGAGGACGCCAUCGCCGUCCCGAUCGAGCUGCCGCGGACGGCCAUGGAACGGUUCGCGUCCGAGGUGAAGAUGCUGCUGUGUUGAAGAGGUAGUGCCGGCGUUUUGGCGCGUUGCUGCUGUGCUGCUCUAUACCUCUACACAUUCUCGGCCAGGUGGCUAGUGUAUAAAAGAAAAUCAAGCGUACAUGCAUCGUUGUAUAUACUGUCUCCAGCAGCUAGCUUCAUCAGAAAUUUGUGUUUUUUUUUAUUUACCGUAUUACGUCGCUCUGGUCGAUCCCUAUGUCUUUUUUCUUGAUAUAAGCUUGGCACAGUAAGAAUUUCCGUUCUACCAUUUUUUUUG